AUGCGACGUUUGCGCUUUCCUCGCCUCCUGCGCUGCGUUUGGCGCCUCAUCUCCCGCAUCACGUACGGAUCUGGAGGGCGCUCUCACGCCUGGAAGAACACCAAGGUUGUAGAGGUUGUCCGACCUCAGCUGCCUGCAGAAGUAUGGGAAGCCAUAUUGGGCUUCCUCCGGGACGAUCGCCGUGCCAUUGCAGCUUGCGCACUCACUUGCCGCGCCUUCAUACCUAUGAUCAGGGACAUCGUCUUCCACACCCUUCGACUCUCGCACUCCCUCACGUACUCCAACUACCUCAGCUUCGUUGCACUACUCCGGGAUUCACCCCAUGUCGCGCUCAGCGUACGCGAGCUCUCGAUCACGAUCGAGUCGGAGGAAGGACAGCCCUGCCUGCCUCCGAUCCUCCCGCGCCUGCACGAGGUGGAGCGUUUGACACUCAACUUCUCCGGAGGGAUGUUUGACAUGUCCGAAGACACGCGGGACAGACUCUCGACGUACUUCCACAGUGUCAAGAAGCUUCGCCUAGCGAACGUGCGCUUCGACGGGACGGAUUUGCUGCAGCUUCUGUGCGCGUGUCCGGAGCUGAAAGCGCUGCACAUGUCUGCGGUGUACUGGCGCAGGUCGUCUCUCUUACCUGCAUUCACCCCCGACUUGGCGGCGAUCGUGCCUUCGGCUCCCGUCGAACUAGACGAGCUGAUCUUGCAGACCCCGCCAGCGCAAGUCGUAGCAUGGUUGGUGCGAGGCCCGUUCGCGCUGCGCCCGCGUCGCAUGGACUUGCAUUGGGACGGCUCGACGGACGGGAAGUACGUUCCUAAGCUGUUCGAGUCAGCGGGAAAGUCGUUGUUGGACCUGACGCUGGAGUUCCCUGGGUGGUUCUCCUUCAGAGAAGCCAUGAAUUUGUCACAUAACACGAACCUUACCUGGCUCCGCUUCGAUAAGGUCUGGGUCGACGGUUCACAGCCACGCUUCGUGUACAUCCCCGACCCCGUCCAACUCCAUUCCCACGACUGGAUACCUGCUGCAUUGUCUCGCCUCCAGUCACCGCGUAUCCAGCAAGUGCAUUUCAACAUCGAGCUCUGCAACAGCGGCGAACUAUCUGUUCUGGACUGGGAACUCAUUGACACGCACCUCGUCAGGCUUGCACGCGGGUCGGACGGGAAACUUGUCACAAGCUUCCACGUGCUUAACUCUGACUACAAGCCAGCGAGAUAUAAUGUUACGGACGCCAUCAUGUAUCGUUUGCCCAGGCUGCGCGCAGCAAUGGGUAGGGUAGGAGUGGUCUAUACGCACUGGCCGAACGUGGAGGAGUGCUGGUUCCCCUAG